GUAGUAGUAACCGGCGAAUCGCGAUUUCUGUCAUUUUCAUUCAGUCUCUUCUAGUCAGGCUUGGGGUGUUGUCGCUCGCCACGAAACACAGUCUCCCACGUGUCGAUCGUAACAUUCAGGCAACUGAAAAAAAUAGUCUUGAAGUGAUUCGGUUUUUUUUGUGAAUUUUUUACCAAAAAAAUAUUCAAAAUGUGCGCUAUUUUAAGUGAUAUCCGACGCAGCUAUGCAGUUUUUUCAGCUUUACUACUAACGGUGAUUACAACCAAAGUUCGAGGGCAUGCCCAUUGCAGCCAAGAUGAGAUCAUGAAAUGUUCCAAACCUUUAUCCGUCCUGGAUUCUGGCUUAAAUUUCGUCUCCACAAGAGCGGAUUUAGAUAGAAUAUGCCCGGACCUGAGAGAAGCGAUCAAAUGCAUCCACCAGUACACGCGCUUCUGCAUGAACUUCAACGACAGAAAGCAUUUCAAGAAGCUGUUCCACGGUACCGCCGAAAUGGUCAACAACUUGUGCAGGAAUGGAACCUACCAGGAAGAAUAUUUGAAACACGCACCUUGUAUGCAAACCGUCGAACCGCAGAACGAAAUCUGUUUCAAGAAGUACACCAAAAAUAUGAGCGAUAUACAGGCCAAAACACCCAUUGAUAAUGUUUCUGAAGAAGACCUCAUCGCCUACAAGUCUUUCCAAAAAAGAAAGAGAGAUGCUGCCGAUGAAGGCAUCAAAAACGUUUGUUGUGCUUUUCAAGAAUACGUUGAAUGUUCUACGUCAACCACAAGGCAAAUCUGUGGCAACGACGCUGCGGACUUUAGCAAGAAGUUCCUGGAUAAAAUGUCAUCCUCAAUGAUACAGCUCCACUGUCAAAACUACGGACCACAGGAAUGUGGACUUAUAACAUCAUCAUCAUCACCAAAAACAACGUUGGAAACAUCAUUUCUACCAUUGCUGAUAUUCAGUGUACUGACAAUGAUACUCAGAUAAAC